AUAGAUAAUAAAAAAUACUAGCAUUCCGGUCGGAUGUUACAACCGAGUACAAUUUCCCCAGUUUUCAAUCAAUAGCAGAAGCGAGAUCCUAGGAACGUCGUACUCAGUGCGCACAUGGUGUGCAUCGAGUGCAGCCAGUGAAAAGCGUUUAUAUAUUUCAAGUCGUUCGAGUGCUAUUGUUUCGACGAUCGCAGGUGGCGCUCGCUAAAAAUAAAAUCAAAGGUAGGUAAAUCUCUAAACGGCGUGUCGGCCAUACUCAAACAAUCGCCGAUUGAGACAGUGUGCGAAUCCGAAUUGCGACUGGUCUGACGGUGUGACGAAAUGGUGGGAUAAUAAUCUGAAGGAAAAAGUGCCGAAAGCUUAUCAUCGUGGUUUGAAAUUGUCGCUAGUAACGUGGGGGUGACGGGCAAUAAAGUUAACAUCGCGCUUAACCGAUGAGCGCUAAAACCGACGUGAACAGGCGAGUCCUCGCUAUUCAGGCUAAGAAAAAACGUCAUAAGCCUGGAAAACGGAAGGGCAAAGGCUCGUCAGGGGAAUUAGAGCCCCCCGGGUCAAACGCACCUCAGGGAGGCUCGAAAACUGGAUCGUCAGCUCAAGAAAAUACCGUCCCACGGUUGGUUCACUCCGGUGGAAAUCGUAGCAGGUUGGAGCCUUGUCACAGCUCAAGCAACGAGACAAUCGAGGACGACGACGAGUUGUACAGCAGCGAUGACGAAGAGCAGGAAGACAGCAGCGACUACUGCAAAGGAGGCUACCAUCCUGUCAAGAUUGGGGAUCUCUUCCUGAAUCGUUAUCACGUCACCCGCAAGCUUGGAUGGGGACAUUUUUCAACCGUAUGGCUAUGCUGGGACCUUCAGGAUAAACGAUUUGUCGCUCUUAAAGUUGUAAAGUCAGCAUCCCACUUCACGGAAACUGCUUUGGAUGAAAUUAAACUACUCAAAGACGUCCGUGACACAGAUGUCAACGACCCAAAGCGGAAUAAGACCGUUCAGUUGCUGAACGAUUUUAGAAUCAGUGGAAUUAAUGGCCUCCAUGUGUGCAUGGUGUUCGAAGUCCUUGGUCACAACCUCCUCAAACUCAUCAUAAAGUCGAACUACAGAGGCAUUCCAAGAAACAAUGUUAAGAGCAUCAUCAGACAAGUUCUCGAAGGCUUGGAUUAUCUUCAUAACAAAUGUAAAAUUAUUCACACAGAUAUAAAACCCGAGAAUGUAUUAAUUUGCGUUGACGAAACUUAUAUUAGAAAAUUGGCAUCGGAAGCAACAGAACUUCACUCGUUGGGUUUGAAAUUGCCAGUGUCAUUGAUAUCGACAGCACCAAAAGAGUUUCAAGAGCCCACAACGAAUAUGAAAAUGUCAAAGAACAAAAAGAAGAAGUUGAAGAAGAAGGCAAAGCGACAAAAUGAAUUGCUGAAGAAACAGAUGGAACAAAUUGAAGAGAUCGAAGAGCAGAGUAAACUCAUUGUAGAUACUGUAGAAAAUGGUGAAGUUCAAAAUAACAGUUCAGAUCCAGCGGAUGUAAACACGGAGAGUAUCGAAGAUGUUGCACCGGAAAGCAAAGGGUCACCUGACACAUCGGACACUUCUGUACCUCAAGUAAAUAUACCACAGACAAAUGGUGUUGAUGGAUUAGCAGGAGGAGAAAAAAUGGAAAACCAACCUCCUGACGAAUAUCAAAAUGUUGACGACAUUGUUCUGCACGAUGUUGAAAAAAGUUGCGGAGAAGGUAUAUUACCACCUGAUCAGGAGGAGACGACUGAAUGUGGCGAAGGUAAUGCAGUGAACAAUGUGCGGACACUAAACGCUCCAGAGACGAAGCAACAAAUAAAACGUGCAUCAGUAGCUCCACUGGAUCCAGCGAUAGUCGAAUGUGAAGUGGAGGUGAAAAUUGCUGAUUUAGGAAAUGCUUGCUGGAUCCAUAAAAAAUUUACAGAAGAUAUUCAAACCAGACAAUACAGAUCUCUUGAAGUAUUAUUGGGAGCUGGCUAUGACACUUCAGCAGAUAUAUGGUCAACGGCGUGUAUGGCUUUUGAAUUAGCCACCGGUGAUUAUCUUUUUGAACCUCAUAGUGGCGACGAUUACUGCAGAGACGAGGACCACCUAGCCCACAUAAUAGAAUUACUUGGGGAAAUCCCGCGACGAAUCGCACUUUCUGGGAAACACUCGAGAAUAUUUUUCAAUAAGAAAGGAGAGUUGAGGCAUAUCACGGGUCUCAAGCCCUGGAGUCUCUACGAAGUAUUGACAGAAAAGUAUGAUUGGUUGCCCAGUGAAGCGCGUGAAUUUGCUGAGUUCCUAACUCCCAUGCUUGACUUCGAUCCAAGCAAACGAGCUACAGCAGCCGAGUGUUUGAAACAUCCGUGGUUAAACCAAGUCAAAUGAUUACGUUUUUAAUCUUUUUAUUAUCCAAUUUUUCAACCCUUCACCCUUUCCGAAAUAAAAAGGAAAGAAAAAAACUUGAGCUCUCAUUACAAAUAAGAGCGCAGUAUCUGAACAGCCACCGUAUUUAUAAAGUACUUGGAGAUAUUAAAAGAAAAUCUUAUUUAUGCAGUAUAUCGUUGGCUAUAGUUGCGGUCUCGAAAAACUGAAGCCUCAGAUGUUCUUUCUUUUCGAUUUUCUGUGCAAAUUGACAAAACAAGACUAGAAAAAAUAGGUGUCGAAUGCAAAUGGUUUAAGCUUCUGGAAUGUUAAAAAAUAAAAAUUCCAAUACGAUUUAAAUCAUUAGAAUAUAAAUUUGAAAUUAUUGUGUAUAACGUUGUAAUAAUUUAU